AAAUCUAUUACUUUAAUAAAAUGGAUAGUUUCCAAGACCUUAACUUUGAAUAUGAUGGGCAGUUCCCGCAAUGGGACUUCGGCAUCAGCCAGAAUGAACUCACCAAGUUUGAUGAGAAAUACGGAACUGUAGAACCUAGUUUUAUCUAUGAUUGUGAUAGGAAGAUGUUAAAUUUGCAGGUGCUAGAAGAUGUUGCCAUCCCCCAGUUAGAUAAUUCUACUACCAAAGGUGCCUAUUCUUUGAGAAAAAAUCCGAAAAGAAAAAUGCAGUGUUUUCUCGGUGAAUCUUCUCUUAAACUAAGACAAACCUUUGAUCCUUCUCUUUUCAGUUCAGAAAGGGGCAGGUACUCGGCAAGGAAGGACAUUGUUAUGAAGGCAGUCUUAAGAGGGAUCAGGAGAUUUUAUCUGAAUAUUUUCAGGUCGAGAUAUCCUCCUUUAUUCUUAUCAAAGACUGCAAAGGCUCCAGGAGCCCAAGUAUCAGAAGCUGUGCAAGAGAUGUGAGUCGAGCUGUUCUCAGAAGAAGUCGUCAUGAAAUAUAAACUUCAUAUUUUCAUGCAAACUUUGUUGAACCUAAAGUCUAUCACAGACAAGCAAGAGUCAAGCCAGGAAUUCAAAAGUGCCAACCAGGUCUUAAAAUGCUGAAAAAGUUUUUCCUCGAGAGCUUUCAGCAAAGUUUGCGACGACUCAUGAUUUCAAAAAAUUUGUAGUAAAAUUCGUUCAGACUUUGAAGAAGAAUUCUUGACUAGCCUCAAAGGCCAAGAACAUAGUCAUGCAAGAUACAGAGAAGUUCUUAAUAAUUUCUGUGAAUAA